AUGUCGGAAUGCAACUUAACACGGGUGCUCGAGCUACUUCGAUCUCUCUAUCCACGUGUGCAGACGUUGGAGGAAUAUUCGAAUGACAUUGUUUUCUCUAAUGGGGAAAAUGCUGUCCUGGUCGAAGAGUCUGACACCAGCCGCUUCAAAUCUCUGGUUAAAGGACUGAUAGUAUGUCCUGAGAAGCCUUUGAGGGAAAUUCCUCAUAGUGAUCAGCUUAGCACGUUACCUGAAGUGCUGGCAUACGUUCUGAACUAUAUGCAAAGGAGGAAGAAGAGAAAUGUCCUCAAGUUUGGAUAUCUGUCCAGCGACAAGCAGGGAGACUGUGAUCCUUUCAAGCUUCACGGUUGCAUCACACAGAGUGCUGCCUUUAUCAGCGGUAGUGAGCUCUGGAAAAAAAUCAACCAAAGACUGGGGACAGACAUCACUAAAUAUCUGCUUCAGCACUGCGCUUUAUUUGUGGCAGUGCCCCCCUCGUGCCUGUUCCAGGUGUGCGGUGUUCCCGUGUACGACCUGGUUCCUGCUCGCACGUGGUCUGGCUUUUUCCUCAGCAGGUCGUCGCUUCGUACGUCGUCAGUUGCGACAAGGGAAGUCUUCCGUGCGAAGAAACAGAGAAAAAUGACAAACAGUAAUCGGAAACCUGUUCAAAAGACAAAGAAGAGGAGACGGGACGACAGAGGAGAAGAAGAGGACGAUCAAGGACUCCCAUUUAAGAAAAAACGGAUAGAGGUGACAGAAAAGGCACAGAAUGGACGUUGUCCUAGCAGCACGCUUGAGGAGACAGAGUCCGUUAAAACAGAGAGAGGGAAAUCUUCUGCAGUUGUCGCCUCAGCUUCAAAGGGGCGCUUCAGCUGGAAGACAGGGGAGCAGCCUCCUUCUUGCCCGUCUCAGUGUUUCAUCCGUGUCCUGGGUAUGCUCUAUGGUGGUAAAGGCAUGAAGAACUUUAUUCUCAACAGAAAGAUAAAAGCAGGGGUCCAAGGCCUCCGGCACUUGCAGGGUCCAGAUCUGGUUCGGGUUGUCUUUUUUCAGGGCGAGGCUUACCUGAACGGUGAGGAGCCCAGGCCGAAGAAACUCCCCAAACGUUUCUUCAACAUGGUGGGCCUCUUUAGCCGGCUGCUACGCAGACACAAAACGUGCCCUUACGCCCACUUCUUGAGAAAGAAGUGUACGGGAGGCGAGGGAAAAGAGGACAUGGUGUCUCUCCUUUCCUCGCACUGCUCCUCCUACAGAGUCUACCUGUUUCUUAGGGAGUGCAUAUAUCAUGUGGUUCCUGAGGAGCUGUGGGGUACGGAGCAGAACCGGCUCCUCUUCCUGUCUCACGUGAAACAUUUUCUGCGUCUGGGGAAAUUUGAACGUCUCUCCCUGGUCCAGGUGAUGUGGAGGAUGAAGGUGAGCGAGUGCAGCUGGCUGAGGUUCAAGAAGAAAGGUCACUGCCCCAGUGAGCAGCGCUACAGGGAGUGGAUCCUGGGGCAGUUCCUGGCGUGGUUGUUGGACACUUAUGUCCUGGGUCUGGUUAGGGCCAUGUUCUACGUCACCGAGAGCAUGAGUCAGAAGCAUGCGCUGCGCUUCUACAGACGAGAAGUCUGGGUCAAGCUGCAAAAACUGGCUUUCAGUGAGCAUCUGUCAAAGGGACAGUGGGAGACCCUGACUCCCUCAGAAGUCGCAGCUCUGCCCAAAACCACAGUGACGUCCCGGAUACGGUUCAUCCCAAAAGCCAAUGGCAUGAGGCCCAUAACAAAACAUGUUGGCACAAGCUCUUCAAUACAGUUCCGGAGUUCGGUGAGAGACCUGUGUAAUGUGCUGGCUCUGUGUUUGAAAGAACGACCUUCUCUGGCAGGUUCUACAGUGUGGGGACAUCAUGACAUACACAGAAUCUUGAAAUCCAUUGUCCCGCAGCAGAAGAAGAGUCCUGGACCCCUCUACUUUGUCAAGGUGGAUGUGAGUGGGGCUUAUGACAGUCUUCCUCAUGAUAAAUUACUAGAGGUGGUGGGUGAGGUACUGCAGCCCGUCCGAGAUGUGGAGUUCUCAGUGCGUCACUAUGCUAAAAUUUGGGGGGAUUCUCUACACGGCUUGAGGAGGCAGUUCUGUACUAAGGCAGAGACUUUGGAGUCCCCAAACAUGAAAGGCUUUGUCUUGGAUGAGCAGAGAAAUGGAAAACUUCACAACGGUAUUCUAGUAGAGAUGGUGAGCAAAGAUGUUAAAGGCAGAGACAUUUUCAACUUUUUCAAGCAGAUGCUUACCAGCUAUGUCAUUCAGUUUGAAAAGAAUACAUUUCGUCAAGUCCGCGGCAUACCACAAGGCUCAGCUGUGUCCACUAUGCUGUGUAAUCUUUGUUAUGGUCACAUGGAGAGCGCCUUGCUGAGUCAUGUUACUGAGAAAGGAGGGUGUCUAAUGAGGCUGGUGGAUGACUUUCUGCUUAUCACCCCUAAGCUGAACAAGGCUAUGUCCUUCCUAAAGACUCUGCUGGCAGGAGUGCCACAGUACGGCUGUGUCAUAAACCCUCAGAAAGUUGCUGUGAAUUUCCCGUUAGAGCAGGAGCUGUCGGUCCCAGGCAUCACACAGCUGCCCCUCCGCGCUCUCUUCCCGUGGUGCGGGCUGCUGCUGGACACGCACACUCUAGAUGUAUACAAUGACUACUCCAGUUAUGCUGGCCUCUCCCUGCGCUACAGCCUGACUUUAGGGUCGGCCACCUCUCCCGCCACGUUCAUGAGGAAAAAACUUAUGUCCAUCUUACGGCUGAAGUGCAAUCCCAUCUUUCUUGAUGUCGGCAUAAACUCUCUGGAAGCGGUGUACAAAAAUAUCUACAAGAUUGUGCUGUUACAGGCCCAGAGGUUCCACGCGUGUGCACGGAGUUUGCCCUUAGGCCAGAACGUGGGGACGAACCCUUUGUUCUUCCUCAGACUGAUCUGGAGCAUGGUGAAGCUUACCAACAAGAGCAUUAGACAGAGCAACCCUGGCAAGUCUCUUUGUUUUUUACUGCAGUAUGAGGCCGUGGAGCUGCUGUACUGUCUGGCAUUUGAAGUUGUCUUCACCCGCUAUCGGCCUUCUUACAGUAGCCUCCUUCCUCCGAUGUGCAAGCGGAAGCUGCGUCUACAGAGAAUGCUACGGGGCAUGAGAUUGGCAAGAGUUCGACAGGCGGCCACGCCCAAAAUCCCUCCAGACUUCAAGGCUAUCAAGGCUUAGAAAUGUCUCACAUG